AUGGUGGCACAGGAGACCUCAGGACCCCCUCCAGGUCCUGAUGCCUGCCUCUGCCCACACCCCCAGACCUCAGGACCCCCUCCAGGUACUGAUGCCCACCUCUGCCCACACCCCCAGACCUCAGGACCCCCUCCAGGUCCUGAUGCCCGCCUCUGCCCACACCCCCAGACCUCAGGACCCCCUCCAGGUCUUGAUGCCCGCCCCUGCCCACACCCCCAGACCUCAGGACCCCCUCCAGGUCCUGAUGCCCGCCUCUGCCCACACCCCCAGACCUCAGGACCCCCUCCAGGUCCUGAUGCCCGCCCCUGCCCACACCCCCAGACCUCAGGAUCCCCUCCAGGUCCUGAUGCCCGCCUCUGCCCACACCCCCAGACCUCAGGACCCCCUCCAGGUCCUGAUGCCCGCCUCUGCCCACACCCCCAGACCUCAGGACCCCCUCCAGGUCCUGAUGCCUGCCUCUGCCCACACCCCCAGACCUCAGGACCCCCUCCAGGUUCCUUUCAGCUUGGCUUUCAUCAUGGCUCCUGGCCUCAGGGCAGGACUGAGGCCUCCCUGGCUGCUGCCCAGACCACCCAGCGCCAGGCCCUGGCGGAGCCCGUCAGGGCUGGCCAGCCGUGGUCUGGCUCCGCCUGA